AUGGCUGUCGAUGGUGAUCAUGAUAACAAGACCAAUGAUUUACCCAAUUCCAAGUCCACAUCUCUUACGGAACAUAUACCUAUGCCUAUGCCUAUGCCUUCUUCUUCUUCUUCAGUCUCCUCAACAUCUUUAGCUUCUUAUUCGGGGACCUCAAUUGGUAGUGAUAACCAUCCCCCACAACCUCUAGAUUCUUCACCAAAUUGCUCAUCAAGUAAUAAAAACAUAUCUCCACCAAAAACUGGAAUAUUCUCCAAAAGAUUUAUUUGUUCCUUUUGUGCAAAGGCAUUCUCAAGAUCAGAACAUAAGAUUAGACAUGAAAGAUCUCAUACAGGGUUUAAACCCUAUAAAUGUUUACUGUGUGAUCAUAGUUUUGUCAGAAGUGACCUAACAAUCAGACAUCUUAAAACUGUUCAUAAAGACCAAAUCAAUUUGCUUCAGAAAGAUAAUCUUAAAAAUGAAGAUCCUUCUGAAUUCUCUCAAACUUCCAUUGAAACAAUUAUUAGAUCUUUAAUUAAAAUUGAUCAUUCAGAUAAAAAUUCAAAUUCAAAUAUUAAACAUAUUUCUGACAAAAAUUUGAAAAUAAAAACAAACUCCGAAAUAAAUAAUAAUAAUAAUAAUAAUAAUAAUACCAAAAGGAGGAAGAACAAAAAGAGGAAAAAUAAACAAAAGGACAUACAUAACAUUCUUGUACGUUCUCCUUCUCCUACUUCUUCUUCUUUGUCUUCCCUCCAACAACAGAAACAUGAUCAUCAGUCUGUACCUCCCUUCUCCUCUUCUUCCUCCUCUUUAAUACCAAGUAUUUCCCUGAUAUAUCACAAUAAGAAAUAUCCAAAUGGUAAUCAAAUUGGGAAAGAAAAGGAUCAUCAAGAUAUAAAAAUAAAACACGAAAUUGAUGAAAGUGUAUAUUUAUAUUUGAUCUCCAAAUAUAACAAAGAGGUUUUCCCAUAUGAUUUGAAACAAAUAAAUCAUUUAACUCAAUUGAGUUUAAAUCAUUUAUUAAACACUGAUCAUUCAAAAUCAUUAUUAUUAAAAAACAUCAAAAAAGAUGUUAUGGAAAUAAAUUCACCCUCUUUAUUAUUAUCAUUAUUAUCUUUAGGUAAAUUAGAAUCAUCUCCUUUGGAAAAAUCAAGAAAUGAUUCAGAAAAAUUAUGGCUAUUAAGUUUAAAUGAAGCUAAAGAAUUGGUUCCAAAUUCAAAUGAAAAUAUUGAAAUUAUAAUAAUUACUUAUUCAAUAUUAUCUCAUAUCUUAUUAUGUUCUUAUUCUUCCCUUUCUCCUACGUCUAAAUCAUCAAGUAAGAUUUAUUCUUUGGACAACAUAAUAAACUUUUUAGAUCUACAUUUUCAAAAUAUAUUAAACAUUAUUAUUGAUAACAAUGCGUCAACAAAUGAUAACCUGCUUCGUUAUCUUUGUGAUAAUAAUGAUACUGGUGAAGAAACUUUUUGGAAUAUCUUUAAUCUAUGGGUUUCUUUAAUCAAAAUAACCAAUUCAUUCAAUGACACAUCAUUAAAAAUUUAUAAAUGGUUCACUAACCAAACUUUAAUUGAUAAAAAUGACACCACUGGUAAUAACUAUAAAGAAAAUAAUGAAGAUAUAAAAUUAAUUGAAUUAUUAAUAACUAAUAAAUCUACCUCAUAUAUUGAAUUUAAUGGGAAAUUCAUAUUAAACAGUUUAGCAAAUUCUUUAUAUUGUGAAUCAAUAUUAAUGACUUCUUUACCAAAUACUUAUAAUGGAAAUUUCCAAUCUUUAAGAGAAUAUCAUAAUAGUUUAAUCAAUGCAAACAAAAAAGUUUCAAUGUUUGCAAAUUCAAUUUUACGUACUAAUAAUAUUCAUCACAAUCAGCCAUCAAAAAAUCAUGAUCCACAUGUGUUUUCAACAAUACAAAAUUUGAAAAACUGGAAAUAUAAUAUUUUGUUACCAAAUUGUCCAGAUAAAUUCAUACCAUUAUUAUCAGAAUAUUUAAUCCCCAUUUUAUCAAAUGAACAUUGGUUAUUAUGGGAAGUAACUUGGUUGGAUUUUUUAAGAAUAUUAAGAUCACCAGUACUUAUAUCAAGAAAUGGUGUUUUAGAAGAUCCUAGUAGUUCAAUUGCAAAAAUAAAAACAAAGAAUAAUGUAUCCUUGCAAAAUCAUACAUUGUUAUCAACACCAACUAUGAAAAAACCAUCAAUACAAUAUCCUCGUCUUAAUCAAUCUUGGUAUAUCGAUGAUUUUUUAAACAUAAUUCACCCAACUGAUAGUUCUUUGAUUUUAAAUAAUUUAGGAAUUUGUGUCAUCCCUAUUCUAAUAAAUUUACUUACCAUAACCACCACAUCAACAGCUACGAAUGAACAACAAUUGGAAGAUAAUGAAUUGAUCAUUAAUGAAAAAUUUAUAAGAUUAAUCGUGGAUAUAAUAAUAUUCCAAUUGAAAAUUUGUUCUUGUGAUUUAAUUGUACCAUUCCCAAAUGCAUCAAAUCAUACUUUAGGAUAUUUGAAAAAUCCAAUAAUUCAAAUGUUAUUCUUCGUUUGGUAUUCUAUCAUUAUGAAUCAUACAAAAAAUAAUAACAAAGAUAAUAAGGAAUCUGAAGAUCAUGAAUUUCAAUGUAUUUCAUUUUUCAUUAAUCAUUACAUUAAAAAUCCAAAUAAAAGAAUUAAUAUUGACGUAUUAUUUGAAAAGGAUUUAUCAAUCAUAUUAUUUGAUCUUAAUUCAAUGGAAUUUAAGGGUUAUCAUUAUCUUUUAAAAUUUAUUUCCACAUAUUUCAUUGAAGAAAUUAUUAAAAAAAAGUUAUUGAUAUCUCCUUAUCUAGAUGAUUUAACAAAAAGUAAAUUAAUGGAAAUGAGUUCAAGAACUUUACAUGCUUUAGAUUUGAAAUUGAAACAUACUACUAGGCCACACACUAGAAUUCAUUCACAACAAAUAUCAUUCAAUAAUGCCAGUACUGAUAAUCCAAAUUUUGUCCCUAAUACCAUCAUCUCCAUUAACAAUGCUCGUACUACUACUAGUCGUCCUUCAAGUAAUAAUAUUCCAUUAAACGAACAUAAAAAUAAAAUAACUACUAUAACCGCAGAUCAACAUAAGCCGUUAAAUAAAAUUCCUUCAAUAUCCACUACUAUUGAACCGACAGCGACAGCAACAGCAACAGCAACAACAAACGGAAAAAGAAAAUGUUCAAUUGCCGAAAUUAUUAAUGAUAACAAUUCUUAUGAUAUUGAUACUGAAGUAAACCAACAAAAUGAUAAUAAAAGAUUAAAUUUUCAACAACUUCCGUCAAUACAACAAUCAAACUAUACUUACGCGAAUUGCAACACAUCGCCAAUAAGAAUAACUAAUAAUUAUUACUCUAAUCAACGUUUGCCGUUCAUUCUAAAUCCAAGAAGAUAUUCAUCUUUAGACAUGUCUCCUAAGAAGAACCCAACUCCAUAUUCAGCAAAUAGCUCAUCUCGCGAUGGUAUCGUUACUACAAAUGGCAGUGCAACCAUGGACAACCCAACAAUUGAUAAUAGUAACAAUGAUACUAUCAAUAAUGGUAUUUGA